AUGUCGUUCCUUCUGCGUCUAUUCCGUUCCUCCAAACCGGCUUCCGACGACUAUGAAACCGUCCUAGCCACCCUUGCCUCAAACAUCCAGAAGCGGCAGCAGCAACUCGCUGACAUCCGACAACGAGAACGACGGGCCACGACGCUAGUGACCCUAUACACACUUGCAGGCUGGCUGGUCUAUCUCGGCUCGUGGUAUUUUGGUUUUGUGAAUGGUGGAGGUCGGGCAAGGGUCACAACGCCAGAGCGCGUAGUGCGAGCCCUCCCAGUGUUUGUGGGACCUAUUCUUAUUCUAUUCAUUCGACGAAUCGUCCAGUUGUGGUACAACCGCAAGGGCAACCAAGAAGGUACGCUGUCCCGGGCGAUUCUGCUGUUCGAUGCUCACAUGGGUGGCACGCCAGAAAAAUCUCUCCAAGUGUUGAUGAAGGAGCAGCGAGAAAAAGUGGAGGAGAUUAAGAAAAAAACCAAUUUCUACUCGACACGCGACCUUCUUUCACGCUAUGACCAACAGUCCGCACCAGGAACGCCUCAAAAGCCGCCUCCUUCCACUGUCCCUACUCAGCAACGUGGACCAGGGCCUCGCGUUCCCCCACAACAAAAACAACCAACCCAUCUCUCCGCCACAACUGCUUCGAACCCUCCUCAGCAACCUCCGCAACCUCAUCGUCGAACGUUAUUCGAUUCGGUUGCGGACUUGCUUGUUGGUGCCGAAGAUGUAGCGCCAGCGUCGCAACGCUUUGCUCUCAUCUGUGAAAAGUGUUUCGCACAUAAUGGGCUGGUGCAUGAGGCUGCAUGGCCCGAUGCUCAAUAUGUUUGCCCUAAAUGUGGUCAUUUCAAUCCCUCUGCGCGAAGUCGAAAAGUCAUUGAACGAGCGUCACCGCUGUCUUCUCCAUCGAGUGGCGCUGGUCAAUUGCCGCCAGAUACGGGCUCGAUUUCAACUGCGAUGAAAGUUGGCAACGGGGAUGGGUCGCUUAAGGCGCGAAAGCGGACUGAAGGGACGAGGAAGCCGAUUCCACGUCUGGAUGAAGGUGAAGAAGGGGAGAGGAUGGAUGUUGAUGGAGACGAGUAG